AUGAGGACAUCGCAUCUUGCUGACGAUGAUUCUCACACACCAGCAACUGAGACAUCGCCGUUGCUAGGUACCCGAGCGGUGAAUGACUCGUUAAACGGCCCGUCGACCGCGGGAAUAGGAGCUGGCAAUGGGCAGCCAAAGCCAGAUGAGGAGACAGCCGGUGUUAAUGGGAUUGAUGACGCAAGAAUUGCUCAGUUCAAGGGCGUUCCGGAGCUGCAGAAGCGUCUCAAGUAUAUUGUGCCGGCAAUCACCAUCGGAGUCUUCCUUUCAUCCGCUGAUCAGACUAUUAUCGUUGCGAGCUACGGUAAAAUUGGCAGUGACCUCCAUGCUCUUAAUUUGACCAGCUGGAUUGCUACUUCGUACUUUCUAUCGCUGACCGCCUUUCAACCGUUGUAUGGCCGCCUGAGUGACAUAUUCGGAAGAAAAGCAUGUCUAUUAUUUGGGUAUACUAUCUUCGGCACGGGGUGCGUAUUGUGCGGAUUGGCCCAGAACAUUAAACAGUUGAUCGCUGCACGGGUGUUCCAAGGCAUUGGAGGAGGUGGUUUAUCGACCGUGGUCAGCAUUAUCAUGAGCGAUAUUGUUCCAUUGAGAGACCGUGGUGUAUGGCAAGGUGUCAUCAAUAUCGUUUGGUCCGCUGGGUCUGGUCUCGGAGCUCCUCUAGGUGGUUUUCUAGCGGAUACUAUCGGAUGGCGCUGGGCUUUUCUUGCCCAAGGACCUUGCUGUUUACUUGCAUUUGUUGUCGUAGGGCUCACCCUAAAAAUGCCGACAACAGAUCAGUCAAACUGGAAAGAGAAGCUAAAGCGAGUUGAUUUUAUUGGAGCAUUUGUUCUCGUUGUCGCCGUCUUUGGGCUCAUCCUUGGGUUAGACCGAGGAGGGAAUGUUUCUUGGACCAUGCCUCUGACGAUCAUAUCGCUGUCUGUAUCUGCAGUGGCAUUCAUUCUGUUUAUGGUCGUCGAGGCCCGAUUCGCCGUCGCUCCAUUUGCUCCCCUCCACAUCACAUUCGGCCGUGAUUUAGUAGCAUGCUACCUGACCAACUUCUUCAGUUUUGGUGGAUGGCUUGCUGCCAUCUUCUAUAUCCCGUUAUUCUUCCAGGCUAGUGAUGGUAGCUCUGCUGCCAGUGCUGGAAUUAAGCUUCUACCAUCCAUCCUGCUGGGAGUAUCAGGAUCACUUUUCGGGGGUUGGUUGAUGAAGAGGACCGGUAAAUAUUACUGGAUCACCUUCUACUCAUAUGCUUUGUUGGUUAUUGGCCUUGUUGUGAUUACCGUAUUCUCUGGUAUCAUAGCCAAUAGCACCCCGAUGAUAAUCAUCGGCAUGACCAUGUGCGCAUUUGGAAACGGCAUUGGGGUUACAACAACACUGAUUGCAUUAAUUGCAAAUGCUUCCCCUGAAGACCAAGCUGUCGCCACUGCCUGUUCAUAUCUAUUCCGAUCGCUAGGGUCAGUCAUCUCGAUAUCUCUCUCUGCCAGCAUUGUCCAGCAAUUCCUCAGGAGCUCCCUGCGUUCUGCACUCAAGGGAAAUAAGAACAUCGAUGAGAUUGUGGACGGGGUCAGGCAGAGUCUUGACUACAUCAAACACCUUAACCCACAGUUAAGGGAAGUUGUUAGAGACUGCUAUGGCCGUUCAACGACAACGGCGUUUGGCUUUAUGACCAUUCUUGUUUUCCUAUCAUUUAUCAGCGCUGUAUUCAUCCGAGAACAAAAGUUAAGCGCAUAG